GAAGACGCGUGUUUAUUUGGAAGUUGAAUCUACUUGGCAACCACUAGCUUAUCCCUUGACUGUUAAACCGUGAAUCAUAGCACUAUGUUCUCAGCUUAUAUUACUUUCGACGUUUCAAUUUUAGUAGCAUGUGUCCUGGCUGCGAACGAUGACCUUGUGUUUUCACAUUUUUACAAAGUUCCCGAGUUUGACAACCUUGGAUCUUCAGCAGAGCACCUAUCACUAAAGGCACGAAACAUUCCUCUCUGUUGUUCAAAAUGUGCUCAGAGUGAAAACUGCAGCGGAAUAGUGUUCAACAAACACACUAGUGUUUGUAGUUUUGCCACUACCUGUCUCUAUAGUGAAACACUGACUGUUCCACAACCUGGGUCGAGAUAUUAUCGUUUUAAAGGACAAACAAAACCAUGCAAAUGUUCUGAAGUAAAAUCCUGUUCCCGUGGUGAUGGAGAAUACUGGAUCUACCCCCCAGUGUUCCAGGGUGAAAGAACGAGAAUCUACUGUCACAACAUGAGUUCAGAAGUUCCUACAGAAUACGUGACCUUACCAGCCCCGAACUUUGGGCUCUACCCUAAUACCCGUGACGGUGACUGUGAUGGAAACAUUAUGCCAUUGCAUAUUCCUAUGUAUGGCUUGACGACAUUCAGAAGGAUUCGAGUGGAUAUACAGACGAUGACUGUAGAUGUCAGAGACAGGAGAUUUGCUACAUCAACGAACAACGUCAACAAAUAUGGGCGCGCCAUCGACUGUUACACCCGUCACGUGGGUAAUGUGAGAAACAGCUGCGGUCCAAAGGGCACAUUCCAUAUUGACACCACAGGAACAGGCCUUGUUUUUAACAGAACGCUGGAAUGGCAUCUAUCACCGGGAAGUUCUUGGGGAACCGUAAACAAAUCAGCUGACGGGACCGUCAUAGAUCUCCUAGGAGGUGGGUAUUGUGGAGGAAUCCGGCCGUAUGAACCAAUGACGUUGGAGAUAAAUCCACUUGAGGUUGUGGGCGACACGACCGAUGACGUCUGUGCUUAGAAGACUCACAUCCGGACAAACGCAACCUAAAGCUUUGUGUGUUUGUCCACAUUUAAAACUGGGCGGCAAAAGAAAGUAUUGGUCGAGUUCCAUGAUCGAUAAAAGAAU